UCGAGAAGAGGCAGGCUGGCAGGUCGCGCAUGGCUGCCCGCGGCUCCGUCACGUCGGAGGCUCCCUUCAUUUUUCCUUACUUUUUCACGGCGAGCGUUACUUCCUCGUAAUUAUUUGUCAGUACAGUUAUUCGGGCGUUAUACGGGUGCGGAUACACACGUAGAGCCUGUCGCGACCUUACGACAGUCUAGCCGAGGUGUUAAAAUAAUUUCGCGAAGUAUUCCUUUCCUUAUUUCUACGAAAUCGUCACCAGCUACCCACAUACAUGUCGGCCAUUUUGCUGAACACAGGCCGUGAUCUGACAGCGGUGUCUUAAUGCAGUUUCCGCAGUCAUUCCCCAACUUGUGCGAGGUUUUGGAGCACCUAAUUAAAUUAACUAAGUGCAAUUCUUACCGUGUAGAUUAUUAAUAUUAUAAACAACGAUGGCCACCGAUCAGCCGAGGGAGCGAGAAAUCGCUGCCGAAGACAGCAUUAAAGUUGUGUGCCGUUUUCGACCGCUCAAUGACUCCGAAGAAAAGGCUGGGUCGAAAUUCGUUGUCAAAUUUCCAUCCGGCGGAGAGGAAAACUGUAUUUCGAUUGGGGGUAAAGUCUACCUUUUUGACAAAGUAUUCAAACCAAAUGCAACGCAGGAGAAAGUUUAUAAUGAGGCUGCAAAGUCGAUUGUCUCCGAUGUCCUGGCCGGAUAUAACGGGACAAUUUUUGCUUAUGGGCAAACAUCAUCAGGAAAAACCCACACAAUGGAGGGAGUCAUCGGCGAUCCAAACAAACAGGGCAUUAUUCCUCGCAUUGUUAAUGAUAUAUUCAAUCAUAUUUAUGCUAUGGAAGAAAAUCUUGAAUUUCAUAUUAAGGUCUCAUAUUUUGAAAUCUAUAUGGACAAGAUUCGAGAUCUUUUAGAUGUUUCUAAGGUGAACCUUAGUGUUCAUGAAGACAAAAAUCGUGUACCUUUUGUGAAAGGAGCAACUGAAAGAUUUGUUUCAAGUCCCGAAGAAGUAUUUGAAGUUAUUGAAGAGGGAAAAUCGAAUCGGCACAUAGCUGUGACAAACAUGAAUGAACACAGUUCCAGAUCACAUUCCGUUUUCCUAAUAAACGUAAAGCAGGAGAACCUGGAAAAUCAAAAAAAACUUUCCGGCAAAUUGUACCUUGUCGAUCUUGCUGGAUCUGAAAAAGUCUCUAAAACUGGUGCUGAAGGUACCGUACUAGACGAAGCAAAGAAUAUUAACAAAUCACUAUCUGCUUUGGGUAAUGUCAUUUCCGCUCUUGCUGAUGGCAACAAAACGCACAUCCCUUACCGAGAUUCGAAGUUAACAAGAAUCUUACAAGAAUCUUUGGGAGGCAAUGCCCGAACUACCAUUAUUAUCUGCUGUUCCCCUGCCAGCUUUAACGAAUCAGAAACCAAGUCUACGUUAGACUUUGGUAAACGUGCAAAGACUAUCAAGAAUGUUGUUUGCGUUAAUGAGGAACUGACUGCUGAAGAAUGGAAACGACGAUACGAACGUGAGAAGGAAAAGACGGCAAGACUUAAGGGAAAAGUGGAGAAAUUAGAAGCCGAACUGUCCAGAUGGCGACAGGGUGAAACUGUAAAGGUCGAAGAACAAGUCAGUCUUGUCGAAGGUCCUGAUGUUACCACACCAGUCGCUCCAAUUAUUGAAACCAAAAUUGACGAUGGUCCUGUGCCAGCAACUCCUGGUGGCGGUUUAAUGGUUGGAUCGUUAUCUAAUGAGGAGCGACAGAAGCUAGAGGAAGAGCGUGAAAGAUUGUACCAGCAGUUAGAUGACAAAGAUGAAGAAAUAAAUCAGCAUUCGCAGUAUGUUGAGAAGCUGAAGGAGCAAAUGGAAGAACAGGAAGAGUUAAUUGCCUGCACCAGACGUGAUUAUGAGCAACUUCAGCAGGAAAUGAACAGAAUCCAACAAGAAAAUGAAAGUGCCAAAGAAGAGGUGAAAGAAGUCCUUCAAGCUCUUGAGGAAUUAGCUGUUAAUUACGACCAAAAAUCUCAGGAGGUCGAAACGAAGAAUAAAGAGCAUGAAGCUUUGUCAGAAGAGCUUCUUGCCAAACAGGCAGCUUUGAACACAACUGCUUCGGAGUUACAACAACUAAGAGACAUGUCGGCUCACCAACGUAAACGUAUCACAGAGAUGCUAGCCAACCUUCUAAAAGACUUGGGAGAAAUUGGUGUAGCUAUUGGUGGUGAUGAAAAUCUUAAGGUUACUCCAGAUAGCAAUGGUAAGCUAGAAGAAGAAUUUACGGUAGCUAGAGUGUACAUCAGCAAAAUGAAAUCCGAGGUUAAGAAUUUAGUCCAACGUUGCCAAGGUCUUGAAAGUUUCCAAACCGAUUGCAACAAAAAAGUUUCGGACUACGAAAAAGACUUGGGUGAGUGCCGACUAUUGAUAUCUCAACAUGAGGCUCGAAUGCAGACACUUACGGAAUCGAUGAAAGAAGCUGAUGCCCGUAAACGUGCCUUGGAAGAAGAUGUUGAUGCAUUACGUGAGGAAUGUGCUAAGCUCAAGGCUGCUGAACAGGUGCAAGCAGUCAGCAAUAAAGAAAAGGCAGAAGAACAGGAAGCAGCUACUAAGAUGAGAGUGGCUCUUGAAGAACAAAUGGAUCAACUUCGAGGGGCACAUCAAAAACAAGUUGCCUCUCUGAGAGAUGAGAUAUCAGAUAAGCAAAGGCUUAUUGCAGAGUUGAAGGAUAUGAACCAGAAGUUCACAUUAGCCCAUCACCAAAUGCAAUGUGAUUACGAAAGAUUGAAACAAGAAGAAGCUGAUAAAUCCGUUAAAUUGCAAGAGCUUGUGUUGAUGAAUGAGCGACGUGAACAGGCCAGGAAGGAUCUGAAGGGUCUCGAAGAGACUGUUUCAAAAGAAUUACAAACAUUGCACAACUUGCGCAAAUUGUUCGUUCAAGAUUUACAAGCCAGAAUCAAGAAGUCUCUGACUGUCGAAGACAACGAGGACGAUGGAGGAUCCCUUGCGCAAAAACAAAAAAUAUCUUUCCUUGAGAACAACUUGGACCAAUUAACCAAGGUGCACAAACAAUUGGUACGCGAUAAUGCUGAUUUACGAUGUGAAUUACCAAAACUGGAAAAACGGUUAAAAGCCACACUGGACCGAGUGAAGGCAUUAGAAACUGCAUUACGAGAUGCCAAAGAAGGUGCUAUGCGAGACCGCAAACGUUACCAGUAUGAAGUUGACAGGAUUAAGGAGGCUGUGCGGCAAAAGAAUUUCGCUCGUCGAGGAGCGAGCGCACAGAUUGCUAAGCCAAUUCGAGCUGGUCAGCACCACAUGGGUACAGGGAACAACCCUGUCAUCAGAACGGGAAAUAGGGAAAAUGAGCGUAAGACCGCUUCGAUUCAUGACGAAAAGAGAAGAAUAACAGAUGUGGGUAUAAUUUAUAAUACAUAAGGUGCUAACAAAUGAUAAGUCCAUAGAGAUGUACUGUAUCUGGGGAAAGCGCCGUUGAUUUUGUUCAUUUCCUUGAAUUGAAGCACAUGCUGGAAAGUGCUAUGUAAUACUAUUGAUGUAUAAUAAUAUAGUAUGUCCUAUUUCCAAUCAAUAUGGGUGCAUAUACCGACUCGAUAUUUUCUUUGAACAUACGGCAGGGGACAAGAGUCGUAAUUGUCGCAUAAUGCAAUAGAAUAAAAUAGUAGCUCACAAAACAAUGAAUUUCAGUUUCCAUUUUUACCUUAAUAUCGAGAAUUAUAUGUCUAAAACAGCAAACAUUCACUUUCGUUGAAACAGCAUUCAAGAAAUUAAUAGGUAUUAUUGUCACUUUCGCAUUAUUUUUCGAUUUUCGCUUCUUACUGAAAUUCUAUAAUGAGAUUUUUUUAAUAUUCUCCAUUUUCACACUUUUAUAGAAAUAUUUUUCAGAAAUAUUUGAACACAUUAUGUCACAUUUUAAGUUUAUACACUCGAAUGUACACAAUAGGACAUGCGAUAUGUUGUGAGAUUGUAGGAGAAUGAUUGCGACUUAAAAUAUUUAUAAUGCUAAUAGUUUUUCCUAUGAUAGCUAUAUUAUUUUCAGCGAUUGUAAGUUUCUAUUGACAAAUGCAAACCUUGAAUUAUUUUGGAUGGCUCACUUAGUUGGAACUAAGUGCAAAUAGCCUUUCCUCUGUGAUUUGACAUUCAAGGUUUGAAUUUGUUCAAAGGAAUUUCGAUGUGCGUAGCAUUACUAUUUCUUUCUAGACUUAUUACCUGUAUUUUGUAGUGAUAUGAAAAUUCAAGCCUUUUUUUGUUUCGUCUAUUUUUAUUACGUAUUUAAAUUAAUUUAUUAUCUAUAAUCUUUCUGUCCAUGCCAGAGGCUCGUAAGAUUUGAUUGCACACAUACGCAAUGUAGGAAACUUUAAUAUUAGACCAGUGCGAAUGAAUAACAAUAAUAAUAAUCAUUUAUUGAUUUCAACCAAACUAUACAAUAUAUGUAAAUGAACUAAAGAAUCCAUCCUUUGAGCCUUCAUAUUUAUAAUUUAACGUAUGCUCAUUUUGCACAGCUUUUUUCUUUUUGAACGAAUAUACAUAUAUAUUCUAUACAUGUACCUAUAUGAUGUGGCGGAAUGCGUUGCUUUGCGUAACUUACGAUAAUUUAAGUAGUAAUUUAACAAAAAGAAAAUUUUAAAAAUCUUUUUAAAUAUAAUGAAGUAGUAACCCAGUUCCUAAAUUUGGUUACAGGCAUUAAGAUGAAUAUAGUUUAUCGUAACGAAAUAAUAAACAUUUCCUAUUAGCAGAAUUUAAAUUAUCUUUCCCAUCAAUGUAUUUCUUCAUUUUCGGCAAAUAUGCUUUCAACAGAUUACACAUCAUAUGAACUUGAGCG